AGUGGCACCAGUGACACCAGUGACAACAGUGACACCAGUGACAACAGUGACAACAGUGACAGCAGUGACACCAGUGACACCAGUGACAACAGUGACAACAGUGACAGCAGUGACACCAGUGACAGCAGUGACACCACUGACACCAGUGACAACAGUGACAACAGUGACAACAGUGACAGCAGUGACACCAGUGACACCAGUGACACCAGUGACAACAGUGACACCAGUGACAACAGUGACACCAGUGGCACCAGUGACACCAGUGACAACAGUGACACCAGUGACACCAGUGACAACAGUGACACCAGUGACAACAGUGACAGCAGUGACACCAGUGACAACAGUGACACCAGUGACACCAGUGACACCAGUGACAACAGUGACAACAGUGACAGCAGUGACAGCAGUGACACCAGUGACAACAGUGACACCAGUGACAACAGUGACAGCAGUGACACCAGUGACACCAGUGACAACAGUGACACCAGUGACAACAGUGACAACAGUGACAGCAGUGACAACAGUGGCACCAGUGGCACCAGUGACACCAGUGACACCAGGGACACCAGGGACAACAGUGACACCAGUGGCACCAGUGACAGCAGGGACACCAGUGACACCAGUGACACCAGUGACACCAGUGACACCAGUGACACCAGUGACACCAGGGACACCAGUGACAACAGUGACACCAGUGGCACCAGUGGCACCAGUGACACCAGUGACACCAGUGACACCAGGGACACCAGUGACACCAGUGACACCAGUGACACCAGUGACACCAGUGACACCAGUGGCACCAGUGACAGCAGUGACACCAGUGACAGCAGUGACACCAGUGACACCAGUGACACCAGUGACACCAGUGGCACCAGGGACAACAGUGACAACAGUGACAGCAGGGACACCAGUGACACCAGUGGCACCAGUGGCACCAGUGACAACAGUGACACCAGUGGCACCAGGGACACCAGUGACAACAGUGACAACAGUGACAACAGUGACAACAGUGACACCAGUGACACCAGUGACAGCACCGAGACCAGUGACACCAGUGACACCAGUGACACCAGUGACACCAGCAACAGCAGCGACAGCAGCGACACCAGUGGCACCAGUGGCACCAGCGACAGCAGGGACAGCAGGGACACUAAGGACACCAGCAGCACUAGCAGCAGCAGUGAGACCAGCAAAACCAGUGAGACCAGUGACAGCAGUGACACCUGUGACAGCAGCAACACCAACGACACCAGUGACACCAGUGGCAUCAGGGACAGCAGUGACACCAGUGACACCAAGGACACCAGCAGCACUAGCAGCAGCAGUGAGACCAGCAAAACCAGUGAGACCAGCGAGACCAGCGACACCAGUAACAGCAGCGACACCAGUGGCACCAGGGACAGCAGGGACACCAGCAACACCAGUAACACCAGCGACACCAGGGACAGCAGUGACAGCAUUGGCAUCAGUGACACCAGUGACACCAAGGACACCAGCAGCGCUAGCAGCAGCAGUGAGACCAGCAAAACCAGUGAGACCAGCGACACCAGUGACAGCAGCGACACCAACCAGACUGGUAUGAAUCACCAGUACCAGUACGCACAUGUGGAAACAGUCACAUCAGAGCACUCCGGGGUGUACCAGUCACACCAGUAA